UAUGCCUACGAAACGUAACAUGUAAUAAAUGGUGUGUCUCGGGUUUACCUACAGGAUAAUACGACAUGCUCUGAGCACGUUGAGGGAGGGAUUCCCUUGUGGUAUAGACACUUUUUUUUGUGUGAAAAGCACCACCACUACUACUGUUGCCACGCGUCCGGCGCAGUGGCAUGGUGAUCCCCUGGUGCCCUCAAUUCCCUGAUGUGUCAGCCAAAGUCCAUGCCAGGAGGGUGUGAGAUGGCACUUGAUGGCCUCCAAUGGAGCUGAAGACAAGUUGAAUACAAGGGCCUCCUGCUCCCGGUCAUCAAACCUCAUUAUUCGAGCCAAGUCGGCAGUGUUUCAUACUGUUGACAGUCACACUAGGCCCUUCAGCUCGCAUGAGAAGAAGACCCUUCAGUCCUGUGCCAGAGUCCCCCAGGUCACCAGUGACUCUAUAGGUCAGCUGAAUGCCAGGGUGGGUCAGACUCAGAAGAACCAGCUCCAUACUGCCUCAGGGACCCUUCUACAACGUGCCUUCAACCGUUCUGUGCCUGCUGCCACUUACCUAGCUAACGAGCCACAGCGUCCUGGUAGCGCAGGUGCUAAUUUAGCUAGUGGUUAUAGUAAUGGUCAGUGUCAACCAACUGUUCUCUCUAAGAGUACACAGAUAUUCAGCGCUGACAUUAUCUCAUACAGACAUAACCCUGGUGUGUUGGAGCCAACCGUAAACAGCUAUCGGCACAUCUGCAAUUUGGACUCACUGAAGUUAAGAUCACGGAUCCUGGCCCGCAAAAGAGCCUUGUCGCCCCAGCCUGCUCCCUAUCCAACGUGUCCCUGUCCACCAAAGGCAGAACGUGUCCCAGACUCGCAGAACAACGCUGCGUCACAGCCUGCUGAUAGCACCAACACCACCAGCAUGCCCACCAACCAGUCAGUCCCCUGGACCAGUGGCAAGCUGAGAGACAAUAGCAAAGGGUUUAUGAGGCCCACUAUGGGUAAAGUGCCUUCCUGUUCCAGACAGGAGACUACCCAGACAAGAGACUCAGCAAAACCUUUGUCCCCCCAGACCAAAUCGGCCUCCUAUUGCCGUAGGGUGGACAAUGGGGAUGGCAAAACCCAGACUAAGUUCACACACCACCCCCACAACACUGUGCCUUUGCAGGAUAGGUCAUCCCACCACCAGGAUGUGUCACUGGAUCAGACAUGGAGGCUCCAGGACCCGCAUCAGUUUGAGAGCCCGAUGGCAGCAGACAUGGCSGGUCACUCCCAGAGGCUGGGCUUUUGUGCUGCUGUCCACGGGGCUCCUGGARCUCCUCAUAACACAUCAACAGAGAGGAUCAGGAAGGUCAACUCUGAGGUGGAGUUUACUGAGGCCGUGAGGAAGCUGACACAGUCACGGAGCGCGCUCACYCUUCAUCCCAGGAACGGGACUGUUAUUAGUUUUACUACUGGAACACCAGGGUCCAACGUGGAUCYAGUCCAGCUGGGCAAAGCAAUGACUAAUAGCCCUGUCAUCUCUGUCAGCCACAGCCCUGCUCCAGCCAAACCCUCUGUACCACUCUGCCUUACUAUGAGAGACCAGCCUGUGUCCAUGGAGACCUCCAGUGCCUCUGGGCUCGACAGUAACACCACAACAAACAGUAGUAGCACAACAGCCUCCAUGGCACCUCUACCCCAUGCAGGAAUAUCAGCCAUACACCUGACCGAAGAGAGAGUGUCCUGUCUCUACAGGGGGGCCACAGCCCCUCCCAGUCCCCACCUGGCCUGGGGAGAACAGCAGGCUGAGUCGCCUCAGCUCCCCAGUCCACAGAGUGUUACCAUGCAGGAGGAUGGAGACAGAGGGGAAGAGGACUAUCCUGAUGAUGAGCUGGAGAAUGACUGCAGUGGUGGUGAUGAUGAUGACAUGGCCGACCGUGCCUCUCGAGCUAAACGUAUAACGGAUGAGGAGGUGAUGAGCCCUGAAUUAGAGGUGAAGCCAGCUCUGAUCCCCAGCAUGUUCCCCCUCAUCCCCCCYACACUGUACUUCAGCACUGCCAACCAGAGAGUGGAGCCCCUGCCACCAGAACAGAGGAAACUGCUCAAAUGGAAGAUGAGUACUGUGACUCCCAACAUCGUCAAACACACCAUCGCCAGGUCACACUUUAARGUCACCAAGAAAAGUCAUGAUUGGCUUGGCUGCUGGGGUCACCAUAUGAAGUCCCCUGGGUUCAAGGCCAUCAGGGAAUACCAGAAGUUAAACCACUUCCCCGGCUCGUUCCAGAUCGGUCGUAAAGACCGUCUGUGGAGGAACCUGUCUAAGAUGCAGGCUCAGUUUGGUAAGAGGGAAUUCAGCUUCUUCCCUCGCUCCUUCGUUCUUCCUCAGGACAUCAAGCUGCUGAGGAAAGCCUGGGAGGACAGUGGUAGCAGGCAGAAAUGGAUCAUCAAGCCGGUAGGUGGAUAGUAUAUCUAAAUCAGUUUUGGGCU